AUGACUAGAACUUCCGUUUUGGCUGAUGCCUUGAACUCCAUAAACAAUGCUGAGAAGACCGGCAAGCGCCAAGUGUUAAUAAGACCUUCCUCCAAGGUCAUCAUCAAAUUUUUGCAAGUUAUGCAGAAGCACGGCUACAUUGGUGAGUUUGAAUACAUUGAUGACCACAGAUCUGGUAAGAUUGUUGUUCAGUUGACUGGUAGAUUGAACAAGUGUGGUGUCAUUUCCCCAAGAUUUAACGUCAAGAUUAAGGAUAUUGAGAGAUGGACUGACAACUUGUUGCCUGCUAGACAGUUCGGUUAUGUUAUCUUGACUACUUCUGCUGGUAUCAUGGACCACGAGGAGGCCAGAAGAAAGCAUGUCUCUGGAAAGAUCUUGGGCUUUGUGUACUAA